AUGGGUCGGAACGUCAAUUCCAUGGCCAAAACCCAGUUCCGGUCAAGUUAUGGGUCGGAACCACCAAUUUUGGGCCUUUUAUGGGUCGGAACCGCCAAUUCCAUGGCCAAAACCCAGUUCCGGUCAAGUUAUGGGUCGGAACCACCAAUUCUGGGCCUUUUAUGGGUUGGAACCGCUAAUUCCAUGGCCAGAACCCAGUUCCGUCGGGGCUGGAGAGUCGUCGCUACUCUUAGCCUAGGCAACAUUAUUUUAUAUAGGGAAUGGCGUAGCUUCCUCCGCGACAAUGGCGUGGAACAAGGGGAGACAAUUGUCUUCAAUAAAGUCGGCGUCGAUAUGUUUGAAGUUGUUUGUUUGGAUGAGAAAGAAUGUGAAAAAUCCGUUCCUUCUGUGGGAUAUCGACCAGCCUAUGCCGAUCCACAAAAUUUUAUGACUUAG